GGGUUCAAGCGGCGGCUCGGCGUUCUUCCGGAACCCCUUGUGGAAAGGAGAGUCCCAGGGACGCAGUAUCAUUCUCCCUAACCUGCUGUAGCUAUAAAAAGAGCAUGGCCUGCGGCAAACAAACAAAACGAGUGGAAUCAAAACAAAAGCGAAGAACAUCAAGAAGAUGGAAUCAAGCACUUUCUCCUCAUCCUACCUGGCAGCUCUGCUCCUCUCUCUCCUGGCAGUACUAGCCUUCAGUGCAAACGGAUGCAUUGAGGACCAUCCAGAGACAGUGAGAGUCACUGCAGGAGAGUGGGCUAACUUCUCCUGCACCAUAAACUGCUCCAAGACGUCUCUUCGUUGGCGUCUGGUCUCCCCAGUGAUGGAGGAGAUCAACGAGCGUUUCUACCCAGCCAGGAGACUGGCAAAGGAGUGGGGGAAGAAGGAAAUCACCAUACAGAGUGUCACCGAACCAAGUGACUCCAAAGACUAUGAAUCGGUUACGGUUCGGAUCCUGGCCUCGAGUCGAAUGAAUGGAGCUGUCAUUCAGUGUGGAGCCAUUUCAUUCAGGGGCAACGUCAGCGAUCUCUACAGUCGGUUCGCAGUGCUGCAGGUGGAGCCAGGACCCCAGGCCAGGGAAGAGCACACGACACAAGAGAGCACUGGAAGAGAAGAGACCACAAGAACGACUACCGUCCCUCCCACCACACCUCAUUAACAAACUGCUGAAUAUUAGCUAAUCACUUCCCGCUGUGUUCUGUGUUUCUGUAUUAUAAUUUCAUUUUCAAGCACGUGAUACGCCGUAAUAAACUACGCAAGCGAAGGCUGCGCUCAUCACACUGCAGCUCGGCCGGUAGAGUGUAAGUAUGGGAAGCAGCGUCGGUAUUACGCUGCUGUUCGCCUUAGCGGCGAUUCUUGUAACGCUCCCUACGUUUCGAGCUGAGAUGAUUAGUCAGUGCGUUACGGACGGCACUGAACUCAGUUUUCUCUGUCCAAUUGAUGACGAGGUUGAUUGGUAUUUCUAUCAUAUGGAGGACUAUGACAGUGACAGCAAUGAGGCUACUGCUACCUUUAGAUUGAUGUCCAGUGGAAAUUCACAGGGAUAUUAUGAACCUUAGGAGGUUUCAUGCUUAUUUGAAGAUGAAGAACCUCACCAUGCGAUCAUUAUAGUGACAGGUGUUCAAGACCCAGUCCUGCCAUUCCAGCUCUUCCUUGAGAAGGGAAAAGGGGAAAACUUCACUAUAUCUUGGAACAAUCCUCCCACAACCUUCACUAGCAUCGAUAACAUUAAUUAUGAGUAUAGCAUCAGAGUGAAUGUAACAGAUGGGCCUCAGACAACUUAUACUUACCAAUCGGAGGCUCACGAUGAAGGGGCAAGAUAUGAAGGUAUAGAUUUGACUGGAUCAGGAGUGUAAAGAAGUGGAAAUUGCUGUAUCUCUGCCCGGGAACUGCAAGGAGAAGACAGUAACUGGAGCUCUUUUGAUCACUCCAGAGCAGUUCCAGGAGAAUGCCGCAAGUGAUGAUCUCUUUUCUACCGACAGACAGUGGAAAAGUGUAGUCAUCUCAUUUACACCCCCAGUGAUGUGUCCUCAGCAAGAGGCCAGCUACAUUCUCAGUUUCGAUGAUGGAGAGGAGGAGGAGUGGUCACGUGAUCCAGUGGAGAUAGAGUCCAGUGGAGCCUCAGUGGAGGUCAUUCUGGACACGGACAAAGAGCCCUGUCUCAAGAGAGAGAGAAACUAUACUCUCAGAGUCACUCUUGUCACUGAGUAUGCCAACGUGUCGUCUCAAACCGAUUUCAGUACAUAGUCUCAGAGAAAUUCUCCAGGGGCAAUAACUAAUCUGAGGGUUGUUGGCUACAACGAGAGUAGAGUGAACCUGGCAUGGAAUAAUCCUGCAGCUGACUACCAUAUCCCUGUCUUUAUAUACUCUGUAACUGUUUCACCUCCCAACUCCAAGAUAACUACAGAGCCCUUUCUCCAAGAGGAGGACCCUUUCAUUUCUAUUGAUUUGAAAGGGUUACGAAUGCGAGACAAUUCAGAUUACAGUAGCACUCUAUGGAGGAGAAGACAAAGAGGGUCAAUUAGUAAAUGCCACACUUCUAUCAUAUAACACGUCUUCCAGGAGAGGGGUGCAUGUAGAAACCUCUCUUUAUGAUGACGGAACUGUUCGAGAGGCAGAAAUAACUUUCACUCCUCCCAGACUGUGAAUCCCAGAGAGCCAGCUACAUGUUGGUCAUCUCCGGAGGCAAUAAGACGUGGUCCACCAGCCCAGAGCCAGUGGUCAUCUCAGACUCCCGCGUGCCAGUCAAGAUAGAGCUGGAGACUGGAUUCUCUCUCAACACUUUCUACACUGCCAAUGUCACCGUCUUCAUGAACACUACAAACAUCUCCUCCAGCAACAACUUCAGCUUCAAUUCGCCAACGGUAAAUGGAUUCAAAUCCGUGAGGGUGUGUCAUCAUCACUGGUGGGUGGAGCACUGGGCGGAGUCGUAUGUCUGCUGGUGGCAGUACUGCUCUGUGGGUUUGGGACUGGGAUGGUAGUUGUUUACCAGCUCAGAAGGAGGAAAGAGAAGAAGCAAAGAGAAAUUCUGAGCAAAGUGUAUGGUGCACAACCCCAUAUACGGAGGCAGUGGAGACAUUUUAUGAGGAGCUCCCCGAGGACACGCCCCCUCCUCUCAACCUCAAUGGAGCCAGUGCAGUACCAGCCACCUCCCUGCCUCCCUCAUAGCACCUAGACCAAAAGGUCCCAAUUUUCCUCCCAUUCAGGUUUGCCUGGCAGAGAGCGAGAAAGAAGCGAUGAGGCACAGUGGGGGGAGACUGGGGGAGCUCCGGAUGCCAGGUCCCUGGCCUCCAGCUGCCCUGGGGAGGAUACUGAGGACUGCUAUACAGUCAUGAGCCCUGCCGGGACUCUGACAGUCCUUCCUCGCAACCACCGACACAGUGCGGGGAGCCUCACAGCCGGCUGGCCCAUGGCAGGGACUCUGUGAACCCAACUCAUCAUUUUUAAACUCAGCAUCAUAAACAAUUACAAGAACAGUAUAUAUAUACGGUGUUGAUUGUAUUAUUAGCCAGACGUGUGUGUAGCAUGUAGCUGUGUGCAAAAACCUGAGAUGAUUGUAUGUUUUUCCUGCAUUGUAUUU